GUCUAUGCACAUGUUGACACUCGGGAAGUGAGGAGAGAGUGAGCCCAGAGAGGGGAUCUGUGGGGUAGAGUAGACGGGAUCGUCGGAAAGGGCUUGCGUUGCUUGUACAGGUGCCCUGAAGUUGAGUCAUGCAGUCCACAGGAUCUCUUUCCUCUCAGCCAUCACAGGAUUCACUAAGCUCCAACAACAGUUACUUGUUCAGUGAUGAUGAUCAUGAAAAAGAUGUUUUCCUAUUGGAGGAAAGAGACAAGCCCCAUAGAAUCCGUUCGACUCAAUUAGGUCUCUCUAACAGAAGUGUUUACAGUAUGAAUGGGGAGCAGGAGCCUCCUGGAUCUCAGUGGGCUUAUGAUGGGUUCAAUGUGUCCAGUGACCCUGAGAGAUCAGAGGACAACACUCAUCCUAGGUCAACGUUUUCAUCCAUAUCAUCAGUUCUCUCCCUCUCCUCGUCAUCUUCUUCUGUAUUGGGAUGGAACAGCUCAGGGAGUGAGCAAGGGAAGAAUGGAGGAAUUGAAGGAGACCUGCUGUUUGCUCGUAAGUGUUUAGAACUCCAGGGGUAUGUUCGGCCUCUGCUAGAGCUUCUAAAUGGACUGAAGAAAGGGCGAUUUGACAAAGGUCUAAGCAGUUUUCAGCAGAGUGUUGCAAUGGACAGAAUUCAGAGGAUUGUAGGAGUCCUGCAGAAACCACAUAUUGGGGAGAGGUACUUGCCCACUUUGCUGCAGAUAGAGAUGAUGCUAAAGCUUUGGUUCCCUCAAGUGACUGCUCAAGGUUCUGUGACACCUAUCAUUGCUGACUUUUCGCCUCAAAACAUUUCCACCCAUGGCAGCAGCAAUAUCACUCCCCCACACAAGCACAAAGAUCAAUUACAUAUUCCAGUCAAGAAGCGAAGAUUGAGCUGGUCAGACACAGAUUCACCAUCCUCUUCACCUCAUGUGGUGUGUAAACGCUCCAAACUCGAAUGUUGUGAAGAGCAACAUCGGUGGCCAUAUGUUGAUGGAGGGGAGGGCACUUCAGAGACUUCUCCCCUUUCCUCAAACACAAACCAAUCAGACAAGCAAUUUCGUGAAACCCCGGAGCACAAGAUUAUCAGGUGGUCAGGUUCAAGACUGACAUGGGUGCACAUUGCUCCUAUUUUUUCCCCGCCUAGAUCUGGUCCCUCUCAUAAAGGCAGAAUGGUUAAAGAAAGAGGAAGUGGAAGUGUCCUCCUUCCAAUUUUCCCUCUCACCAGCAGGAGCAGUCCAGCCAUGCAGGACAGCUUUGUCUCUUCCACCACACCUUUUACAGAACCAAAUAGAUGCCAAUGCCAGUCUGUGAGUUUAGGGACAACAAGUCCAUUGCAGGACUAUGCCCAAACCUCACCAAUCACAAUAAAGCCUUCAAACCUUGUACAGCAAAGCCCUUUACAAACCUGAUGCAAAAAAACUACUAACUAACUGAACGUCUUCUCAGUGUCAGAGAAGAAUUGAAGAAUAGGAUGUUGAAAGGUUUGAAGGUUGUUAGAUAUAGUUUGACAUUGACUGGGUUGGGAAAUGGGCUUUUUUGAGUGUGAAAUGAGAGUAAUUUAAUUUAAUGUAAAGUGGAUUUAGUCAGCCAAACAGAUAGCCCUACUCCAAAAUCAUGACACUGGUUGAGCCAUUGUUGUUGUGUUGUGCUGGGCUAGAUGCUAAAACACACAAAAUGUUGCCCAACAGAGCCACAGUGUUUACAUGACAGUAUUUAAACAUCAAAAAAAAAAAAAAAAAACACACUUCACCUUUAAGGAAAUGUCAUGCCGGAUGUGAAUAUGCUGUCUCCUCAGAAGCGUGUGUUUAAAUCUGAGGGAAAUUCUAGUCAUUGACUUUGGUUUAAUCCUAAAAUAAGGUUAAAUUAAGACUUGACAGCAAUAAUUGGUAGGACUCUUGGCAUUUGGGCAUUUAAAAUAUAUUAUUAAUAAGAUGGCAUAGAACAAAAUAGUUUUCUAUAUGUUUCUAUAAUUGUUUUUUUUUCUCAAACUGCUGCUGAAAAUGCUGAGAAUUACAUUUUUUACAUUACAGUUUAAAAACAUCAGUAAGACAACACAGUGAUGGCAUGAAAGCCCCUUUUUGUAGCUCUGAGGAAAACUGUAGCAGCAGCAUAACCGACUUUUCAAUAUCUGAUAUCUUAUGAAUUUGUGAGUGGGUUGUAACAGAAGUUUUUUUACUUAGUGUUUUUUUUAAACUUUGUAUGUGUGUGUGUGUGUGUGAAAGAAAGAGACAGAGAGAGAGAAAGAGUGUGUGUGCUGGGAUUUUAAAUGUAAAUUAAACCACUUUAUUUAUUUGCUGUAGAGUCUGUGUGACAAUGCCUCGAACUGGAAGAACUAACCACAACUGCUAUACACAUCAUGUUCGCAUGUCUAAACGAAUAAUUAUAUGGUCAGUGAUGGCAUAUGACCAGUACCUAAUGAUGAUUCUCAACCUAAUACUAUGUAGGAAAUGAUGUAAUACCCAGGUUGAAAGAGAAAAGAAAAUUUAAGGUGUCGUGUAAAAUAAUAUUUACAGAACACUGAAUGAGGCUAGGUGUAAAACCUCCUAUUCUUCCUAUUUUAUGAGAAUUUAAGUGCUGUUGAUAAUAGUGAUAUUAGACAUCUAAACAGAGUGCUAAUAUGCCAACCUUUAUUUAUUCACUUGUUGAUUUCUACAUUUAUUCAUGAUUUUUUGUAUGUGUAUUUAUUAAUAUGGCAGCUGAAGUCAUGGAGCAUUUAUUCGUAUGGCAGGUUUUUAUAAUGGAGUUGCUGUGUGGAAAAUGAAAAAAAAAGAAAAAAAAAAAUCUGAAAUUGGGAAACCUGUGCCUUUUCUCUAAAAACAAUAUGUAUAUUCUUAUUCAUACUCCUAUUUGUUAAUUGUGUAUUUUUAUCAAAUGGUACAGAAUACAAAAUCUCAAAACUGCAUUUGCACAGAGUAACAAUUUACCACUAACAGCACAGUGAACUACAGCAAUUAGUAUGACCAGUAACAAAUAUGUCAGUGUCAAGUGGUCAUAGCAACAUUCAAAGUGACACUGUAUUUUCUGACCAGUCACUGCAGGCAGUUGUGAUGCAUCCAGAAACCUCCAAAUUUUUUUGGAUCAGUAUUUUUGGAGCAGAUGAAUUAAAGAAAGAAUGAAAUAAUAAUAAUAAUAAUAAUAAAAUAAAUAAAAUGGAUUUUCUGUGGCUAUAAACAAUGCAGUGAGGGACAAAUAUUGCAUCAAUUUUAUAUGCGCUAAAUUAUGGCUUGUUUUUUGAAUAAAUAAAUAAAAUAAAUAAAUAAGAUUAGCUGCUUAGAGUCCUGGUGCCCCUAGCAAUAGAUUUUUUUUGCCAUAUUAAAAUUCAGAACUGAUAUCUGCAUCAACAUUAUUAUAUGUAAUUGACUUUUUUAUAUAAUGAUUUUGUAGAAAUUGGUUGCACUUUUUUUUUUUGUCAUGUUUUAUAUUGUACUGGUUGUUUAAGACCAAUAUCAAGAGGGUUGAUCAUAAUGGAUGUAUAAUAGUUGUUUAAUCUGUGUUUUUUAUAAAACUGUUGUAUCACUCUACACACUGGAAAUCUUUCUACUGUCUGUCCUUCUUUCCAGUCUCUGUAUUUCAUCUGUUUUUCCCUUCUUCAUCCUUUAUUUCCUUUAAUAUUUUUUCUCUGCUUUUUACUGUUAUUCAUGUUUUUUUCAACAAAGACAAGCAUUUUAAUAAACAAUGCA